AUGAUUGACCUUGACAUUGUAACAAACUUAAUGAACUACUUGCUAAUGUGGUCGCUUAUUGCCACAAUGCAGAUGGUCUUUUCAAUCGUCAUCCCAUACAAUAACGAAGUAUUCGCGGGCAUAAACCCUAAUCAAGCGCUAUCAAUCAUAUGGGGCGAUGCCAUUAAAAUCUUAUUGCAAAUCAAAUACUAUCUAGUUCGAGGACAUGGCUUGAUAUACAGCCCCCAGAUUACCCCAGAAGAUAACAUUUACGAGUUGGCUUGGAUGUUGAUGUUUGGCUGUUACCACACCACAAUUUGA